AUGCCUCCAUUACCAGGCAUAUACACAUGGAGACAGUGUGUGAACCUGUCUCAUAUCAGAGGAUUAGUGUUGACUCCUCAUCAGUCAAUACUUUCCACCUAUUCCCACCCGUCAAAAAGGCCAGUUAGACAACACUCAACAACACCAAAUGUCCCAUGCGAGGUCCCACCCUGUCAUCUGGAGAGAAAGACACACAGUAUGGGGUGGGACAAAAUUCAAGCCCAUGUUGAGCCAUAUUUCAGUACCAAUUGGAAAUUCCCCAGCGAGAAGGAGAGAAAGGGGUUGCUUACCGUUGGACUCUCUCGCGCCUUCUGCAAUUCAUUUCCCUUGACGCUUGAUAGCCGAAUUGGAGUGACGUGCAAAAUGCUAUAUUUUUCUUUACUCAUUGAUGAUCAACUGGAGAAAAUGAGUUUUGCACAAAUGCUGUCAUAUCGACAUCGGACCAUGGAGGUUGUCCUUGGAUCAGUCAAACCAGAUAUAAGCAUCAGCCGCGAGUGGAUGUUGUAUGAUACUUUGCAGAUCAUGCGACGCAUGGAUAAGAAGCUGGCGAACGAUGUUGCCCGGGGUUUUUGUCAGUUGUUGAAGGCUAUGACAUCGCCCGAGCGCAACUCGAUAAAAGAACUUGAGCCCUACUUGGAACUCAGAGAGGUGGAUAUUGGACGAACGUUUUUUACUGCUCUCAUGAGAUUUGGCGCCAAUCUACAUCUCAAUGACGCCCAGAAGGCGAAGUCAAAACCAUUUGAAAGUAUCGCCUUCCGGCAUAUGAGUAUCAUCAACGAUAUUUACAGCUGGGAGCGAGAAUGGAGAGUGUCUCAGACUAGUCUGGCUGAUGGCGCACAACCAUUUUCAUCUGUCUAUAUUGUGGCAAAAGAGACCCAGCAGCCCUUUUCAGUAUGUAAGCGAUUGCUUUACGAUUAUUGCCGAGGAAUAGAGCUUGAUUUCAAGCAGGCUAUGGAUGCACUUCGGAAUGAAGGCUCUAGCGUGGUGACAGCCGAACUGGAGAACUACCUUCAGAGUCUGGAGUUCUUUAUGAGCGGAAUUGAAGCAUGGAGUCAGUGGACUCCCCGAUACCGACAGUAA